AUGGAUCUUGCCGUCUGGGCCCUAUUCUUCCGAGUGCUCUUCAGUCUCCCCUUUGCCGUCUUUGCCGGCUACUCUAUCCAUCUCUUCGCCCAGAUUGCCAAAGAUGAAGACGGAGCCGCUGUCCCCAACUGGACGCGCUUCUAUGUCAGCCAGGCAAUCAACGCGAUCGUGGGCAUUGUAGCAGCAACAUGGAAUCUCGGGGCCGUGUGGAUGACCCGUGGGAAACGAAUCGAACCGCAAAGUGUCUACUUAUUCUACUACUUCAUCAUCGAUCUCCUGGUUUUGGGAGCUUUGCUUACCGCUACUGCUAUUGCGACCCCAUACGCUCCCAACACCGUCGCUCAAUGCGACCGUCUCAAGACAGCACCUGAGUCGGACCUCCCAGCUCUCUUCAGAUAUCUUGGUCGCAUCAAGAGAGAAUCAACUCCUUCGGCAUGCAGGAGACUGUUGAGAAUUCGCAUUCUGGUCAUCCUAUCUAUGUGCGUUUCUUCUCUGGGCGCGACAAGCCUGCUCUCUUCCAUGGUUACUGAUGUGGGUGUCAGAAUCAUGACUGGCAUCAUCGCCAGCCUCACCUUCUUCAAGAUAGCGCUGCCGCCCACACUAAGGGGUAUCCUUGUCUUCACAAGAAGUGCGGCACAAAGGGGCUGUUGGCCGCGUCGUCGCAGCCCGAGGAUGAUUCCCAGCCUCAACCACCAACCACUUCCGGAGAGGGACGUGGGAAAGCUGGAAGAGAUUAGUGGUCUAUUGCCUCAAACACCACCGAACCUUGCCGCGCUAUUCCGAAUUGACCCCAUAUCGACCUCAAUCGCCAGCAACCUGCACUUCUGCGACCUGACCAACAUCAGCCUGGCGUCCAAGGCCAGCUUCGCCACCCUCCUCCCCAACUUUUCGAGCGCCUCCGCAUCUCCACCUGCGUCGCCGGCACCAAGCGCCAAUGCUGGUGCUGCGCCACCCAAAUCUGCACCGGCUGCCAGACGACAAUAG